UACCAUCUCCCCUCCUCCUACUUUCAUCAUCCCCUCGGCUUUUCCUUCUACCACACAACAUGGCGUCGUGGCUACAGAUCCCCAAGAACUCGCCCUUUUCGUUGGCAAACAUUCCCUUCGGAAUCAUCUCCACAGCCAAAGCGGCCUCGCGGGUUCCUGCCAUUGCGAUCGGCGACUACGCCUUGAACUUGAACGCCUUCGCCUCGUCGGGCGGUUUCGCCCAGCUGCCCUCUUUCGAGCCUCAUCUCAGUGUCUUCGACCAACCCACGCUGAACGCAUUCGCAGCAUUGGGACGGCCAGUGCAUCGCCAGGUUCGCGAGUACAUCCAGUCGAUCUUCCGCGCCGACACCCCCUUCCCCCAGAUCCUCAAAGACAAUGCGUCGCUCCAGCAGGAGGUCCUGUUGCCCCUGUCAGAAGUGACCAACCACCUACCGAUGCAGAUCGGCGACUACACGGACUUCUACGCGGGUCUGAACCACGCCUACACGCUGGGGGUGCUCCUGCGGGGUCCCGACAACGCGCUCCAGCCCAACUACAAGCACCUGCCCGUGGCGUACCACGGCCGCGCCUCCUCCAUCGUGCCCUCGGGCACCCCGAUCCACCGCCCCAACGGCCAGAUCCUGGCCAACCCCACCGCGGUGCCCAAGGUGCCGACGUUCACCACCUGCAAGCGCCUGGACAUCGAGCUGGAGCUGGCCGCGUUCGUCAGCCGGCCCAACGAGCUGGGCCAGCCGGUCUCCGUGCAGGAGGCCGAGGACCACAUCUUCGGGGUGGUGCUGAUGAACGACUGGUCGGCGCGGGACAUCCAGGCGUGGGAGUACGUGCCGCUGGGGCCGUUCAACGCCAAGAACUGGGCGACGACCAUCUCGCCGUGGGUGGUGCUGCUGGACGCGCUGGAGCCCUUCCGCACCGCCAGCCUGGAGCCCGAGAACAACCAGAACGUGCUGCCGUACCUGCGUGAGAAGCGCGCGGACAACGUCUUCGACAUCCCGCUAGAGUUCGAGCUCACCAACGAGGGGGGCAAGCCGACGACGAUCUCGCGCAGCAACGCCAAGAACCUCAUCUUCUCCUUCCCGCAGAUGCUGGCGCACCACACGAUCACGGGCUGCAAUCUGCGGACGGGCGAUCUGCUGGGCAGCGGCACCAUCUCCGGCCCGGAGCCCGGCAUGGAGGGCAGUCUGAUCGAGCAGACGAAGGGGAAGAACCCGAUCCAGCUGGCGGAUGGCUCGGACCGGAUCUUCUUGGAGGAUGGCGACACGGUGGUUCUGCGGGGUAAAGCAGGCACGGAGGGGAAUUAUGUUGGGUUUGGCGAUUGCGUAGGCAAGAUUCUUGCUGCUCCUCAGUUGAACUUUGACUAGGUAGCUUCUUUACUCGAGUAGCCUAGCAGCCUAGGUAGCUUAAAUUGAGUUGAUG